GUCGUCGAGUUAACUGGUGAUGUAACUCCCGACCUUGGCAGACUGGCGUGUGCCGAUUUGAUUGUAACCACUCCUGAAAAAUGGGACGGAGUCUCACGGUCGUGGCAGCAACGGGCUUAUGUCCGCCAAAUCGGCCUUAUUGUCAUAGAUGAGAUUCAUCUGCUUGGUGAAGAACGUGGCCCAGUUUUAGAAGUACUCAUCUCGCGGGCCAACUUCAUUGCUUCUCAGCUUUGCCAGCCAGUGCGCUUGGUUGGCCUGAGCACAGCCCUUGCUAACGCCGGUGACCUGGCUGCCUGGCUUCGUGUGCCCAUCAGUGGUCGGUGUGACGCCUUGAUCUCUCUCGGAUGUGCUGCUCGUGGUCUGUUUAAUUUCAGACCUUCGGUGCGCCCUGUGCCUCUCGAGGUUCACAUUCAAUCAUUCUCAGGCAUCCACUACUGUCCUAGGAUGGCCACCAUGAAUCGACCCAUCUAUCAAGGUGAUUUACCUAUCUCAAUGUCCCAUUUACAGCCGUUGUUGUCGUGUAAAGCUGCAUAUUCAACCAGAUACCAACAUUUAUUUUUACUGCCAAAGAUCUAG